CUUCCAUCCUCUUGUCCCGGGAGCUGCCUCCGUUCUCAGGAGCCGCCAGAGACCGAAUGGAGACAGAAGCGCCCCAGCCCGGACUGUCGCCCCCGGACUCUGCGCACGAUCCUUGCAAAAUGUUCAUCGGGGGACUGAGCUGGCAGACUACACAAGAGGGCCUGCGGGAGUAUUUCAGUCAAUUCGGGGACGUGAAGGAGUGUCUUGUCAUGAGAGAUCCAUUAACCAAGAGAUCCAGGGGAUUUGGAUUUGUCACUUUUAUGGACCAGGCCGGAGUGGAUAAAGUCCUUGCUCAGUCAAGACAUGAACUGGACUCAAAGACGAUUGACCCAAAAGUGGCUUUUCCUCGCAGAGCUCAGCCCAAGAUGGUGACAAGGACAAAGAAGAUCUUUGUGGGCGGACUGUCAGUGAAUACGACUGUUGAGGAUGUGAAACAAUAUUUUGAGCAGUUUGGAAAGGUUGAUGACGCCAUGUUAAUGUUUGAUAAAACAACAAACAGGCACAGAGGAUUUGGAUUUGUAACUUUUGAAGGGGAAGAUAUUGUUGAGAAAGUCUGCGAAAUUCACUUCCAUGAGAUCAACAAUAAAAUGGUCGAAUGUAAGAAGGCACAGCCGAAGGAGGUGAUGUCACCAACAGGCUCUGUACGGGGACGAUCCCGAGUGAUGCCAUAUGGAAUGGACGCCUUCAUGCUGGGAAUAGGCAUGCUAGGCUAUCCUGGUUUCCAAGCAGCUACUUACGCCAGUCGCAGCUACACGGGCAUUGCACCAGGGUAUACUUACCAGUUUCCAGAAUUUCGUGUAGAGAGAACCCCUCUCCCGGGCACCCCCGUCCUCCCAGAACUAACAGCAAUUCCAUUGACUGCAUAUGGACCAGUAGCGGCAGCAGCUGCAGCCGUGGUGAGAGGGGGUUUUCUGGGAACCAGCAGCCCAGGGCCAAUGGCAGAACUGUAUGGAGCAGCCAAUCAAGAAUCCGCAGUCAGCAGCUACAUCAGUGCAGCAAGUCCCGCACCAAGCACUGGCUUCGGACACAGCCUUGGGGGUCCACUGAUCGCCACGGCUUUCACUAAUGGAUACCACUGAAUUCGCAGAUCACAAUGGAGGUUCCAAUGUGGAAGCUAUUCAUGUCCGUGACUCUGUCCCUCUCCUCUGAGAUUGUCAGACGGCCACACGCCACCUUGUGUUCAAGCAGAGUAACUGGUGCCUCCUGCAUAACUUUCCCUUCUCCCCAGGACGUUUUAUUUAUUUUUGUUUAGUUUUUUUUUGUUUUGUUUUUUCUCUCCCUAUUAUUUCGUGUCUGUCUUGUUUUCUCUUCUUUUUGUUAGUUUUGUGUUUUCAUGAUAGAGGUCAGGAAAACAUUUCAUUUGUUCUGGUGGGAUGCAGGGAAAUUCUGGUACCACAUGCUGAAGGGAGGGGAUAGUAUUUUAAGUCCAGCUGUCUGGGAAUGUUUUGUUUAUUUUUAACAAAAAAAAAAAAAUAUUUUUUAUGUAAAUUUCGGCUUUUAUGACAUGGAGUGGACAAUGCACAAGAACAAGACAAAUGUAUAUUUUGCUAAAUGAAAAACUAUUUGUAGAACAGAAAUUAUUUUAAUUUUCUCAAAACUGGGUUAAAUUUUUGUUCUCUGUAAAAUAUGUAAAUAUUGCAGACUGAUCGUUCUGCUUCCUCCAGGUCUCCUCUGGUCCCGGCUUCUCCUUCGCCAAUUUGGGUCCGUACUUUAGCAAUAUUUUUCCCAUAACCUGGAAGGAUUGACAGUUUUUUUUUUAUAAACUUUUUACUACAACUGAGUUCUGUCCACUGGAAUAAGCGCUGGGGUGUUUUCAGUGCAGGAGAACGCUGAACCCCAACAUUAUCCUCUGUUCAAAUUAACUCUGUCCGUGCCACACAUCUUACCAUUGCAGAGGAUCUUAUCAAUAUGACCUAGUAAACUGUCAGGAUACAACAAGAAAAAGAAAUGAAUGUGCUGCUGAUUGAGCUACAUAGUAUAGGCAAAGUCCGAUAUUUCUUUUUCCUGGUCAUAUUUGCUGGAGAGUAAAAUCUUGGUAUUUUCCGGUGUCUCCAAACACUUAAAAUGUUGCUACAUUCCUACAAGCAGGAAAGAAAAUUCAAUGCAUUCCAAAUUGUUGGUGUCCUGUAACGGUCUCCUCCUGCAGAGAUUGUGUGAUUGCACAUAAAGAGUUAAUUCUGAACAGGGGAAACGUACAAUGCUGUAUUGCAAGUUCAAAGCAAUAAUGUUUGUUACUGCAACUGGAA